UCAAAUGAAGAAAGCAUGGUCUCCUGCACUGUUCUACUAGAUGGGGUUCUUGUUCAUUCAUGGUCAAGAUGAACGCCUGUGGUAGCCAAGUGACCCAAGGUUCUGAUUGUCUAGGUCAAGUUCAUGCCAAGGAAUGUUAGCAAACUGAACUGGUUUGAACUUAGCAAAGGCUGGUUAGGGUGUGUAUGUGUAACUGCUCAAGUGAGGCUCUAUUUAAAAUGGGAACCUGAAAGUGUUAGAAAUUCUGUUGUUAUGGAUUCAAAGACUGUAUUCUUGUAAAAGUUGGUAGGAAGCAAGAGAGGAAAGGGAGGAGGAAGGUGUUCUUGUGGUGGUGUCUGUGAACAAAGAUUUUAUUAUUAUUAUUAUUAUUAUUAUGAGAUCAGAUCUCACUGUAUAACCCAGGCUGUCCUGGAAAUCCUUAUGUAGACCAUGCUAACCUUGAACUCUAGAACUCUAUAGAAAUCAAGCUGUCUCUGCCUCCCACGUGGCAGGGCUAAAGGCGUGGCAUUCUGAGUCUUGUGGACAGAGACCUGUGGUGUUCAAUGGUCCUUCAGCCCGGGUGAAACUGAACUCUGUCCCUCACAGGUCCGUGACACCCAUGAGAAAUGAGAGAUACUGGCAUUUGGUUUCUAGUUUAAUUAUACAACUAUUGCUAACUAUCGACUUGGGAACUGAUGAGAAAGAAAAAAGAAAGUGAUUUCUAUGGAGUUGGGACUUGAACCCGAGACCUGCAACAUGUUAACAAAGAGUUCUCCCAUUGAUGUGCAACCCAGACCAAGCAACAGUAAAACAGCAUUCCACCGAAGUCAGACACUCAACUACAGGAACGGCUAUGCAGUUGUCCGACGUCCCACCAUGGGGAUAGGUGGAGACCGGCUUCACUACAACCAGCUGUCUCAGGCUGAGCUGGAUGAACUGGCCAAUAAGGCACCCAUCUUAACUUACGGGCCACUCAAGCAAGCCCCGCCUGCAGAGUUUGUUCCUGCGCACGUGGCUUUUGACAAAAAGGUGCUGAAAUUUAGUGCCUACUUCCAGGAAGAUGUUCCCAUAUCCAUGGAGGAGCAUUACCGAAUCCGCCAGGUGAACAUUUACUACUAUCUAGAAGAUGAUAGCAUGUCCAUCAUCGAGCCCGUAGUGGAGAACUCUGGGAUCCCACAAGGCAAGCUAAUCAAACGCCAGCGGUUCACCAAGAAUGAUGUGGGAGACCACUACCACUGGAAGGACCUCAACCGUGGAAUCAACCUUACAGUGUACGGCAAAACCUUCCGCAUUGUUGACUGUGACCGAUUCACUCAGGACUUUUUGGAAAGCCAAGGCAUUGAAUUAAAUCCAUCAGAGAAGAUACCCCUGGAUCCUUACACUCAACUCCGGAAAGAGCCUGUUCGCAAAUAUGUCACUCCGUCAGACUUUGACCAACUGAAGCAGUUUCUCACCUUUGACAAACAGGUCCUUCGAUUCUAUGCGAUCUGGGACGACACGGAUAGCUUGUUCGGGGAAUGUCGUCACUACAUCAUUCAUUACUACCUCAUGGAUGACACAGUGGAGAUCCGAGAGGUCCACGAACGGAACAACGGGAGAGACCCCUUUCCACUCCUCAUGAACCGACAGCGUAUGCCUAAAGUUUUGGUGGAGAAUGCAAGGAAUUUCCCGAAGUGUGUGCUGGAAAUCUCAGACCAAGAGGUGCUGGAGUGGUACACUGCCAAGGACUUCAUUGUGGGGAAGCCGCUAACCAUCCUAGGGAGGACCUUCUUCAUCUACGACUGUGACCCGUUCACACGACAGUUCUACAAAGACAAGUUUGGAAUGCCCGACUUACCACCAGUUGAUGUGACCAAGAAGGAGCCACCUCCAGUAAAACAGGAGUUGCCUCCUUAUAAUGGCUAUGGACUAAUUGAAGACUCUGCUCAGAAUUGUUUUGCUCUCAUUCCCAAAGCUCCCAGAAAAGAUGUCGUUAAAAUGCUGAUGAAUGACAACAAGGUGCUCCGCUACCUGGCCGCUCUGGAAUCCCCUGUCCCAGAAGACAAAGACCGUCGCUUUGUCGUCUCUUAUUUCCUUGCCACGGAUAUGAUCAGCAUCUUUGAGCCACCUGUUCGAAAUUCUGGUAUCAUUGGGGGCAAAUUCCUGGGCAGGACUAAAGUGGUUAAAUCAUUCUCUCCAGUUGACAACCCCAUCUACUACUCGCCAAGUGACUUCUUCAUCGGUGCCGUGAUUGAGGUGUUUGGCCAUCGGUUCGUCAUCCUCGAUACGGAUGAGUAUGUUUUAAAAUACAUGGAGAGCAAUGCUUCCCAGUAUUCACCAGAAGCCCUGGCCUCAAUUCAGAACCGGAUCCAGAAGCAGGAUCUUCCCGCACCAGAACUGGAAAGCAAGCAAGCUACAGGAGAACCCAUGGUGCAGGGUACAGAGGAACCCAAGGUGCAGGACUUGGAUGCACUGAUUGACCAAAUCCAUAUGCACCUGAAAGACAAUCCAUGCAAAGAAAACCUCCGUGAAACAUUUCAAAUAUAUGACAAGGAUGAAUCGGGAUAUGUGGACAGAGAGACAUUCUUUAAAAUCUGUGAAACUCUUAAUGUCCCGGUCGAUGACUCGUUGAUUAAGGAGUUGAUCAGGCUGUGCACCCACGGAGAAGGCAGGAUUAACUACUAUAACUUUGUUCGCGCUUUCUCAAACUGACCUGAGAGAAUUUUUGGCACUGAGCCGACAUUGAGAAAUCUACCACCCAAGCC